AUUUGUAUUCAUUCUGUGUAGAUCUCUCUCACCCGUCAGCUGCAUUUCAUUUCGUUACGAUGAAACGGUCAACAGCCAGUUGAGCCGAAGCUUUGUGUCAAAUUUAGUUGGUAUUUUGAUCCCUGCUUAUUAUUCCGUGAGGUUUUUUUUUUUAAAUACAGUUAACUUUUUAGUUGAUAAGUAUCCACGUUGUUGAACAACGUGAUUUUUAGACGCUGAACAACAGUGUUCUUGUUUCCGGUAUUCCAGCACCCAGUAUCGAUGGCGUCUUCCAUCUCCGCCAACGGCGCGGCAGCAUCCAAUGGGAACGGCGUCCACAAGACGGUGCCGUUUGAAGCGGAGAAACAGCCCUCCAACAUCACCCUUCUGGAACCAAGCAAUGGAACGACGACGGCAGUUCCGGUGGCAGCAACGGCCAUUCUGUCGCCACCCCAACAACGACCACCCAGGAAAUUAUCUUUCGACGACACCGAGAUGGAGUUGAGCCGCCUAAAGCUAGGAUCAACUAGAAGGAAACUGCCCGGAGUGGUUCUGGCCCUUGCAGCAUGCUGUGCCAUUGUCGGCCUGAUUUUUGGAUACCUGCUGCCAUUCGAUACAAAGUUCAUUUCAGAUACGUUUGCGGCAUCACUGGCCACAGCUGAACAGUGGCAGCAGGCCAUCGUUCAGCGAACCGUUCUGUCCUUCCAGGACAGUCUUCCGAGGUACCAGGAAGCCUUCCAAAGCCGUAUGAACGAUACGUUGGCCCAGUUCCAGGAUCCAUCAGUUUUGUUGUUGGCUACGCUGUUUGGGGCCGGCGUCACCUGGUUUACCUACUUUGUGGUUUAUUUGGACAGCAGUAUUCCCGGCGUUAAUCCACCGACUCCGUUUUCGGCCAGCAAGAAGAAGAACUUUUCCGAUAAAGAAAGGCGAUUCCAUUUGGGCUACGUGACGGCCCUCUUGAGUGGUCUUACGGUUUUCAUGAUAAUAUUACUUGUCGAGUAACUCAUACUCAUCGUCUAUGACAAAGAAAAUUAAACCUGUGGCCUUACAGCUCUUUGAACACAUUGGCACACAUCUGGUUCAUCUUUAAGCAAAGAUGAACCUUGAUUGAUCGUUGGCAAACAGAGUGGCUUCAAAUUUAUCACAUAUUCUCAUAGAAAUAAUUUAGUUUCAGUUUAGUUUUAGUGUAGAAGGCAAAAAAGUUAAAAGUAAUGGCAGCAGGGAAGAUUUAGUAAUUUUAGCAUUGUUGUAAAUAACAGUCAGCUACAAUUUUUGUUUGUGGACAUGAAAAUAAGACUAACAUUUUUUUUAUACUUAAGUUACUUUCCAAUAGAUUUUAUGUAUCUUAAUUGUAUUCAAUUAUUAACUGAGCAUUCGUUUUCGCUCGGGCAGUGAACUUUAAUAGUCUCGUUGGUACAAAUAUAUUAUCAGUUCCUAAAA